GAGUCUCCACCUCUCCCUGUAGCAGAUCAGGGAGCUGUAAUUGAGUGCGCCACUUCUCUGUGGAAAUUGCCUUAAUUGUAGUGACUACAUUUAAUUCCUGUCUUGCGUCAGCUUUCUUUGCGUGUUUAUUUGCUGCUUGGGCCAGUGUUUCUGACUCUGAUAACAGAGGGUUCUUUCUAAACGAUAUUUCAGCUUUUUUUUUCGUUCAUAUUUUCAACGACAUCCACUGAAGGAUCAGCGGGUCUCUCGUGAAGAAAUCAUCUGGACAUCUUUUCAUUCAUUUUUCGCACCAGUGGAAGGAUUUUACAGGGUUCCUGCCUCAUCUGAAAGUAUGAAUGAGAUUGGCACCAGAACGGAGAUGGAGUAUCUGAACCAGUGUCAAGAUGAAGACAACAGCAGCUUCAGUGGCAUUGAGGCCACCUACCAGGACAAGAAAAUCCCACUGGGCUGCUCGGAUCUGGACCCAGAGAAUCAGAAAUUCCUCCCCGAAAACAGCCUGGGAAAGAAGAAGUAUGAGACUGAAUAUCAUCAGGGCAAUGCUUCCUUUGGCAUGUCCGUCUUCAACCUGGGCAACGCCAUCAUGGGCAGCGGCAUCCUGGGUCUGUCCUACGCUAUGGCCAACACUGGCAUUGCCCUCUUUGUGAUUCUCCUCGUGGCUGUCGCCAUCUUCUCCUUGUAUUCUGUCCACUUGCUGCUGAAGACGGCCAAUGAAGGAGGUGCACUUGUGUACGAGCAGCUGGGCUACAAAGCCUUCGGGUUGCCGGGGAAACUGGCUGCAUCCUUCUCCAUUACCAUGCAGAACAUUGGAGCCAUGUCAAGCUACCUCUACAUCGUCAAAUACGAGCUGCCCAUCGUCAUUCUGAAUUUUGUGGGACCCAACAAUGAAGAGUGGUACACUAACGGAGACUACCUGGUGCUGCUGGUGUCCUUCUUCAUCAUCCUGCCCCUGUCUCUGCUCAAGAACUUAGGUUACCUUGGUUACACCAGUGGUCUGUCUCUGCUCUGCAUGGUGUUUUUCCUGGUUGUGGUGAUCAUCAAGAAGUUCCAGAUCCCGUGCCCUCUGCCCGAGGACGUCCACGCUCUCAACGAAACCUUCAGCAAGCUGCUGAACUCGAGCUUGUCCCAACUAAACUCCACCGCCGUGGACUACAGCGAGGACGCCUGCACGCCGAAAUACUUUGUCUACAACUCGCAGACCGUCUAUGCCGUUCCCAUCCUGACCUUCGCCUUCGUUUGCCACCCGGCCAUCCUGCCCAUGUACGAGGAGCUCAAAGACCGCUCCCGCAGAAAGAUGCAGGGCGUCGCCAACGUGUCCUUCCUGGCCAUGUUCAUCAUGUAUCUGCUCGCCGGACUUUUCGGAUACCUGACUUUCAAUAUUCACGUGGAGCCUGAGCUGCUGCACACGUACUCCAAAGUCUACAAGUCCGACGUGCUCCUGCUGGUCGUCCGUCUGGCCGUUCUGGCCGCCGUCACCCUCACCGUUCCCGUGGUGCUGUUCCCUAUUCGCACCUCCAUCAACCAUCACCUGUCCAGCUCGAAGGAAUUCAGCUGGAUCCGCCACAUCAUCAUCACCGUGGUGCUGCUGGGAUGCACCAACGCCCUGGUCAUCUUUGUCCCCACCAUCAGGGACAUCUUUGGCUUCAUCGGUGCAUCUGCUGCUGCUAUGCUCAUCUUCAUCCUGCCCUCGGCUUUCUACAUCAAACUGGUUAAGAAGGAGUCCAUGAAGUCUGUGCAAAAGAUCGGGGCCACUGCUUUCCUGAUGUGCGGCCUCGUGGUCAUGAUCGGCAGCAUGACCCUCAUCAUCAUGGACUGGAUCCAUAACGCUACAGUCAGCGCGGACAAGCACGACAACGGACACUAAAGCCCCGUGCCGCAGCCGGGAUGGAAGCGAGAAAGACGGCGACAACCACAAGAUCUUACAACAACAAAAAAGAAAAAGAGUAAUGUAAAUUAAGAAAAAGACAAGAACUCACUUGCUGCUCAGCUCUGACUUCCUGAGCAACAGACCAUUGCCAUUCCAAGAGAAUGUAUUGAAACUUUGUACAGUUUGCUGUUAUAGGCCACAAAGAUGGUGUUUUACUUGUUUUUUUUUCGUCUCCCUUUUUAUCGUAGUUUUUUUGUUGUUAUUGUCGGGUUUUUUUGCUCGUUUUUACUCUCUUUUUGGUACAGCUGAAAACAAAUAUAUGAAGGUGCCUCAUAGUCUUAGAGUUCACCAUGCAGCUCACACUCAGGCGCGGCGUUACGUGCAUGUGCACGAGUGUGGCUCUGACCUCAGAUCUGGUCUUACUGGGAGAGGUACGUGCAUCUGUUGACAGCAGGGGCAACACAUUUGAAUGUUUAUCCUCCUUAAGGACAAUUAAGUUCCUUCCAACAUUUGUUUCAUCUGUUUACUUCUUCUUUUUUUUUUUUAUCCUUCUUCAACUUUGCCAAAAACAAUUUAUUUGUAAAGCAUCUUUGUAAAUUGAGAGCACUUACAGUUUAGCACACUUGUAAAAAAACAAAAACAGAUUUGUCAGUUUUCACAGGCGAGGCCCUACCACGCCACCUGCUCAGUGUUUGUACCGAGGCUUUGUGACCUUGCUUAUAGUGUCAGCUUUCCUUGUAACACAUACAAGUCAACAGAACCUGCCUUUUUGAGCCCAACACUGGGAGCUGCAGAGUAUCUCACAACAGGACUCUUGUCAAACUGUAUUUAUUCUUUAAAAACCUGCUGAAGGUCCUGUUGGAAUCGCGUGUGCAGCGACGACACUACUGCUUAUAAAAAAAACCUGGAGGCUGCUAAGCCGUCAGUUCCACCCUUCUAUGUUUAAGGGCAGGGAGGGAAACUGAAACUGUUUUUCUUUAUGAGAGAAUACCUUGAAUUUGACCACAUCUGGUGGUUGUAAUUUACCUGUAAAACUUGCAACAAAACAGAAAAAAAAAGAGAAAAAAAAGCAACCUUAAAACUAGAAAGUCAGUCGUGCUCUUUGCUACUGACGACCAAACGAGAGCGUCUGUCACCAGAUUGCGAGUGUUACACAGUUUGGUUACACAGUUUUCUGCUCUUGGAAAAUGUUUCACACUGAAGAACUUGAAAGCUUGAUGGUGACUUGCUUCCUGUUGAGUCUCGCGCCCGACGGCGCGCUGUGCUUCCAACACUAACGUUAAACAUCACCAAACUGUUGUUGUCCAACAUCUAUUUAUGGAGAAACCAUAAAAUCAAUGUAAUUUAAUCUAUUUUACUAUAUUUAUAAUAUUGUAUGUACAUACAUGUGUAUAUAUAUAUCUACUGAGUUCAACUGUAUAUACGCUUUGUUUUAACUUUUUUGAUGAAUUGGAGCUGUCAAACAAAAAUGAUAAACCCAAAACUGGUGAAUUGACGAUAUCGAAUUUGCUUUAACGCGCCAGAGCUUCUUCUGUUCGUCUUGGUUUGACCGACUGAAUUUUCCCGCUCUGAUUCUGUGAAAACUGUUACAUGUGGAAAUCCUCGAGAGAGGCCGCAGCGGUCUGUCUGUUUGUUUGUUUUUUUUUAACGGCGGCCCCUGAACACAAACCCCACCCCCUGUAUUCACAAACUGUUGUAUAUGCUCGUCUUGGUUAGAGAGUAUGUCAACCAUCUCUGGACCUCAGGAGCAAAGAGGGCUUCGCCCACCAGUGUUACACUCUUGUUUCAAUGAAACACUUUGUAUAUCCUGUAAUUAAUGUCAAAUUAAAAUCAAAGAUAAAAACUA